AUGAGACCCCUCUCUUCUCUCCCUCCUCUGCCUGCCUUCCAGGUCACCUUCUAUGAAGACAAGAACUUCCUGGGCCGUUGCUAUGAGUGCGACAGCGACUGCCCUGACUUCCACAGCUACCUGAGCCGCUGCAACUCCAUCCGCGUGGACGGGGGCACCUGGGUGGCCUACGAGCGGCCCAACUUCUCUGGCAACAUGUACGUGCUGACUCGGGGAGACUACCCUGACUACCACCACUGGAUGGGCCUCAACGACCGCCUGGGCUCCUGCAAAGCCAUCCAGAUACCAAGUGGAGGCCGGGGCCACAUCCAGGUCUUUGAGAAAGGAGACUUUGGCGGGCAGAUGUUCGAGGCCACCGAAGACUGCCCUUCCGUCAUGGAGGAGUGGCACAUGCGGGAGGUGCACGCCUGCAGAGUGCUGGAGGGCGUCUGGGUGUUCUAUGAGCACCCCAACUACCGGGGCAGGCAGUACCUGCUGCCCAAGGGCGAGUACCGCAAGCCUGUGGAGUGGGGAGCGGCCAGCCCCGCGGUCCAGUCCUUCCGCAGCAUCGCCGAGUGAGGCGCCCCCUGCCCAGCCUGCU